AUGUGCCAAGGGAAACGUUUCGAAGAAGGCAUCGCUCUGUUUCAUUACUUCUUCAACGAGAAUAACAUCGUCCCUAACAUCGCCUCCUUCAACCACGUGAUCAAAGCCUUUUGUGAGCUAGGCCGUGUCGACGACGCCCUUCAACUCUACCGUCACGCUGCUCGGUUCGGUGCAGACAAAGAGACAUUCAGUGUUUUGACUCAAGCCUUGGUCCACGCCUAUGGCUACCGGGAAGCUGAAAUAUUCGUGGGAUUAAGUAGAUGCUUAGCUAUUGAUUGGACGCCCAUGCUCAUUGAGAUUCGUGGGCGCUUGGACCAGAUGGAUGCUGAAGAUGCUGGUGAUUACUUCCACAAGAAUAGGCUGGAAUACGAUGAUGAUGAUUCGGCGGAAGUUUUCAAAUCGAUUGCUACAAUAUUUGUGGAGUACUGGUUCAAACAUGGCAGUGAAGAGAAAGCUAUGGAGUGCUAUAGCUCUAUCCGUACUUGGGAAAGCUUGCCUGCCACCACUGGGAACACUCUUUUGAGGCUUUUGCUAGCACAUGGCAAGGAAGUUGAGGCUGGGGCCUUGUUCGAAGUAAAGGCUAAGGACUUGUUCCACACCAUGUUGAAAAAACACAAACGUUUUGAUUCAGAGACCGUUAAUAUAAUGGUGGACUACUGGUUUGAGAUUGGCGAGUUUAACAAGGCCAUGGAGACAUUCAACGAGUCACAACAGGGAAGCAAAAGAAUGGUUCGGUGUUAUAGUAACGUGAUCGCUAGGCUUUGCGAGCGCGGGAUGAUGUCGGAGGCUGAAGGUUUCUUUGAGGACAUGUGUUCAGACAAAGACUUGUCUCCUCCUCCUGAUGUGUCUACAUUCAGAUCCAUGGUCAAUGGAUAUGUUCGCGCUGGAAGAGUUGAUGAUGCGGUGAAAACUUCGAACAAAUUAGCAAUUUUGAAAUUGCGCAAGGUUUCCAUUUACGAGGACUGA